AGGCCAUGAUCAACAUUCGCAAAAGAGUCGAGCUAGUCGAUGUUCUCAUCUUGGAAGACAACAACAUUCCUCAUUUGCCUUCACGGGCUUUCGGUUCGGUGCAAGUGAACCGACUCUUCCUGGAGAACAAUAGAAUGAACUCCAUUGAUCGGAACGCGUUUGCCGGCGUAGAGGAGUUCAUCAGUGAGAUCUACAUCAAAGAGCCUCAACUCCAGAUCCUACCCAAGGACUCGAUUGAGUUUCUGAAGAAACUCACCGUCUUCAGCGUCGAGAACUCGCUGAUUUCUGAUAUGCCCAGAUUGGAAGGCCUUCAAGAACUACAGCUCUUCAAGAUCGAUGGAAGCAAAGUGAGGAAUCUUCCCGGAGACAGUCUUCGGAACUUGCCCUCUUUGCGGUAUUUGCACAUCUCGGAAUCUGAGAUUGUCAGGCUGGACAUUGGAGUGUUGGAAAAACUUCAGCAUUUGGUCCUGGCCAACUUCACGAACAAUGCCAUCUCAUGGAUCCACCCUCGAGCUUUCCGUUACAUGGAAGAUAUGACCGAGGUGAAUUUGAGUGGGAACAAGCUCCGCGAUGCGGCCAUGGUUGGCAGAGCCAUGCGGGUGGUUAAGACCCUAAAAAAGCUGGAUGUGAGCCGAAACGAAAUUGCAGAUCUACGACAAGGAAGUUUCAUCGACAUAAUUAGCUUGGAGGAAGUCAACUUGAGCCACAAUAGAAUCACGGAGCUGAACCGUGGAGCCCUUCAUCGCAUGCCCCGCCUGAAGACGGUGGACUUGAGCUUCAACCAGAUACGAUCUUUCCACAGCGACUCGUUCAUGGACACCCCUCAGGUGGAGCACCUCUACCUGAGCCACAACGAGCUAAAUCACGUGACUGAUGUGAGCUUCGUCAUGGAUUCAUUGCCCAAGUUGACCUUGCUUGAUCUUAGUCACAAUGACAUUCGCGAGAUUCCUUUUGGCGCCCUUCGUGGCUAUCCUCGGUUGCAGAACUUGAACCUGGCUAACAACCAAAUCAGUCAGGUGUCACGGGAGGCCUUGGCAGAUCUCCCUUCCUUGAUGGAAUUGGAUCUCAGCGCAAACAAGCUGAUUACGGAUGCCAUGGAUGGACCGAUCUUCGAUCUGCCCUAUCUGAAAGUGCUAAGACUCGCCUUUAACAAACUCAGUAAACUGAAUGGCAAGAUCCUGUCCAAUUUGAAUCAAUUGCAAAAUCUGGACGUGAGCCACAAUGGAAUCAUGGAUCUGAGUGAAGACGCCUUUCAAGGGAUCAAGAUUGUGCAAAACGUGAAUAUGUCCUAUAACAACGUCAAAGAGAUCAAAAGUGGCACUUUUGAAGGGCUGGUCCACUUGAAGAUUCUGGAUGCGAGUCACAACGAGCUUGUGGCACUCUCCGACCAUCUUUUGGGGGAUCAGAAGAACUUGGAGCAUCUCUCGUUUGCCCACAAUCAAAUCCAACUCGUGUCGAGUCACUUAGUGGCCAGACCAAACGAUCUUCGAGUUCUCGAUUUCACGUCCAACUACAUUCUAAAUUUCCCAGAAGAGCUGAUCAAUCACUUGCCCGAGUUGCGGGAACUUCGUUUCCGACAAAAUGCAAUCCAGCAUUUGGGUCGUGGCAGUUUCCAAGGCCUUCAUAAACUUGAGGACAUUGACAUGCAUGACAACCGCAUAGAAGCAAUCGAGGAUGACGCCUUCAAAGACCUCACGGACCUCAAAACCUUGGAUUUGAGUCUUAACAUUAUUAGCACGGUGGGCGACACUUUGGAACCCUUGGGGAACCUUAUGAAGCUGAAUCUCAGUGAUAACUACAUCACCUCCUUGCCACGCAACGCCUUUCAUUCCCUCACGCGGUUGUCAAGCUUAGACGUCUCCAAUAACACCAUCAUGGAAAUUGGCAAGGCCUUCGUGGGGAUGCCUGAAUUGAAAUAUCUCGACCUUAGUUACAACCAUCUACCCAUCAUUAAGGAUGGAGCGUUCAAGAACCUGCCCUCUCUGAUUUCAUUGCAAUUGCACGAUAAUUCGGUGACGAAAAUCGAAUCAGAUGCUUUCCAAGAUCUUUACAAUUUGGAAAUAAUUCGAUUGACCAAGAAUGGCUUGUCAGAAGUGCGACGCAACAGCUUCAAGGAUCUCACCAGUUUGGAAGAGCUGUAUCUGAACGACAACUUGAUCGAGACACUUGAGGAUCGUGCUUUCGUCGAUUUGUACUCUAUGAAGGAGCUUCACUUGGACCGAAAUCUCAUGGAGGAAUUAAACGAAAAGGCAUUUAUUCGCACCCCUUCACUCAGGUCCUUGAACAUGAGCUACAACUUGCUGCGAGAUCUGCCUCGAAAUGGAUUCAGAGGGUUGGAAACCCUGGAAAAUGUGGAUCUGAGCUUCAACGACCUACGGGAAAUCGAUGAGCGAGCCUUUCUAGAAAUGAGAUGGCUCACCCAUUUGAAAUUAAAUGACAAUAAUAUUUGUCGAAUUCGAGCCAACGCCUUCAAAGAUGCCCAAUCUUUGAAUUCCAUCAGCUUGAGCAACAAUCGACUUACCAGGAUCUACGAGCAAUCCUUCGGAGAAAACAACUAUCGUAUCUCUCGAAUGGAAAUUGCAGGCAAUCCUUUGACUUGCGACUGUAACACGUUAUGGUUGAGAAAUCUGGCUUCGGACACGAAUGUGGUGCCCGAUGAACCUCGAUGCUACUUUCCUCGAGCUCUGUCCGGAAAACCAUUGCGACAACUUAGAACCUCUCGGUUCACUUGUGAUUCUCGAGCGGGUGAGAAUCUCAUCAAGGAUGCGUGCUCGGGGAUUCCCUUAAAACGGCCCAUCCAAGAAGCCAUCCAAGAACAAACUACGCAACAAAAUGUUGUAACACAUUACCCAGAUCUUCGAGAUCGGAACAUCAAUUUGGAAGACAACGUUUCCAAUGACAAGGUGGCUGGGGACACUCCAACCAUUUAUGCCGAAAUUAAAGACCCCGAAGACGGGGAGAAGUCAGAUGAAGACGACAGUGUGUUCUCUAUUUUUGGAAUUCCCAUCCCGAAACUUCCUUUGAAUUUGAAUUUUGCCCUUUCACCUGCUCUCUCCUCGGGUUUAUUGCCCAUCGGUCGAAAAGGAGACAAUGCGAACCAAGCUCCAGAUACGUCAUCAUCUAAUAAAGCCCCCACAAAUCAGAUCGUUCCCCCGGAAGUAGAUCAAACCCGUGGACCCGACUUUUUAGAUCCCAUCUGGGUGGAAACUGGCUUAAAGGCAGCCGGAUUCUUAUUGCCUAAACUGGCUGAGAGCUUUGCCAACAGAGGCACUUCUUCGUCUAGUAAUGGGGCGGCUACAGAAAAAAGACAAGUAUCCAAGUCUGGGAACAGCGAGAACAAUGAGAUGUUUAAUUACCAGCACCCGACCAAUCCAAUUAUUCCCUUACGUUCGGGGUCCACUUCGAACCAAGAAAACCCAAGAUAUUUUCCUCAAGACGGGACGAAUGAGGAAUAUUUCCCCAAGGGCUACAUUCCUGCCAUUCAAUACAAUCACCCAGUACCCAAUGGCUAUCCCUUGCCUAUGUCAGGCCAUACCCCCAUCCAUGCCCAUCCCAAUGACCAGGUGUCUUUGCCGUCUAAUGAUGAUUUCAAUUCUGCUGUCCCGAAGCAGAACAUUCCCCGUCAAACAAUUGGUCAACGACCAUCCUCGGGUGCUAAUCUCGGUUUUGGUAGUUCUCAAGAUGACGUGAAUGGUUUCAAACCUCUGUUUAGACCUCACACCAAAGAUCCCAUGUUCUCGCCCAAUCAAGGUCAACUGCAACCCGGAUCCAGCUUUCAAUCCGCCUUUCCAGAGCUAGACUCCCCAAUGACUCCUCUUCCACCUGGAUUCAAAGUGGCUGAUGCUUCAGAUCUGACGGAUACCAGCAAUAAAUAUCCGCAUUUGAACCAUCCGUCGCUCCAGUUCACGUCACCCGCCAACAAUGAGGUAUCCUCUUCAGAAUCGACUUCUUUCACACCAAUUAGUACAAGCACACUUCAGCCCAAUAAUCUUGGACCGAGUUAUCAAGCAGUCCCUGGAAGUUUCCCUGACUCUAGUUCUAUUGACCGACCACCAAUUCUCAAUCCCGGUCCUUUGCUAACUAAUCUAUUUGCUUCUACCAACGAAGAUACUUCAAGCACAACCCUCAGCGACAUCUUGGAGGGACAAGUUAAGAGCGACCCGAAUCCAGACUAUGAAUACGAGUAUGUGUAUGAAGAUGUCGUGCCCGAAACAAAAGCUUCAUCCCCCAUUGCAUCCCUCCCGGGGUUCAAUCCUCCAUCAGAUCAUGUUGAAGGACAAGCCGAAAUUCAAAGGCUGCUGGAGGAAUUCAGACGACAAAACGUGGAAGAGCGAGAAGUGACAGAACGCGUCAUCCCGACUUUGCAGGUUCAAGAGGUCACAACUUCAAGUUCUAACGAGGUCAGUACUGAAGGUGUGGAAAUCGCCCAUCGAGGAACACCCAAGAUUGUGCCCGAAACCACCACCUUUAAUCUAAUCGAGACAGAGCCCGAUUACACCACUACAUCGUCGGAAUACUUUGACGAGCCCAAAGAUGACGAGCCCGAAUAUCAGUAUUACUAUGAAUACUACGACGAUGAGGAAGACCCAGCCUCAACCACCGAAGGCUUGACCACCUCCAGUGAGCAACCUGGAGACAACAUCUUAGCCCAGCCUCAACAAUCUCUCGACGAUAUUUUCAACUUGAUGAAGCAAAAGGGCGAUUUUGACCAAAACUCGCCUCAGUCCAAGAACUUCGAGCGCCCUACGCCACCUCCACCCAUUCGAACCUCGACUCAGCUUUAUGAUGUGAACGGGAACUAUUUGGAAAGCCAACGGAGCUCUGUCACCGUGGAUAGUGUGAGUGCGAGUCGCAUUCAAGCUCCUGAGGUGCCGGAUUUGGAUGAGCCCAAAUCCUCCACUCUCUCGUCACUUGACGGGAGUGUAACCCGACGAUCUUCGAGUCCUUACCCGUUCCACCCUGAUCGCUCGGAUCCUGCUAGUAAGCCCAAUAGGGAUGACCAGCCAGGAUGGUACUACUCGAAUUAUAAUAAGGACAAUGUGGAGCCUUUCCGCGGUCCAGGAGCUGAUGACAUGCAGCACAACGGAUCCUCCUCCAGUCGAUUGCACUGUUUGAAUAGCGCACCUCUGACUCUCAUUUCUACCGUGUUGUUAGUCCUGGCUCCCAGAAUAUGGGGAACAUGGCACGUAUAAAUUGUACAAUUGUUUCCUACUCUUUUAUGAAUUCGUACCUUAUAAUGUACACAUGAGGAAUCAUUCUAUGAAUGUUUAGCAAACUGGAUUUGCUCUGUGUCUUCUCUAGAGGCCAAAAUUUGUGAGAUUUAUGACCGACAGUCAACAACUUCAUGUACAUAAAGACUUAUUAUUGUAACGAAAUACACCCCGUUGACAAGUGA